GCGGAACUUGCCAGUGAUGGGGUCUGGGUACGGACAGUCCGGUGUUAAACUGGAUGUCAAUUAGCGGAGGACUUUCACCGGCGAGCAGCCGCACCGCAGCGCAAGGUGACUAAACAAGCGGAAACUUUAAAUUUGUUCAGAAAAUUAAGAUGGAGUGGCGUCAGCAGACCAGUUUGAGCUGUGCAGACGCAUUCAACGAGGCUCAACGCUGGAUUGAGGAAGUGACUGGAAAGUUGUUUGGAUGCAGUGACUUCCGUGCUGCAUUGGAGAACGGAGUCCUGCUUUGCGACCUAAUUAAUCAGUUGAAACCUGGUAUUAUCAAAAGAGUGAACAGGCUUUCUACUCCCAUUGCUGGUCUGGAUAAUGUGAAUGUUUUCCUGAAAGCCUGCCAGAAAUUGGGACUAAAUGACUCCCAGCUGUUUCACCCAGGCGACCUGCAGGACAUUUCCACUCGUGUGACUCUCAGGCGUGAUGAAGGCAACAGACGACUCAAAAAUGUUCUGAUUACAAUAUACUGGUUGGGCCGCAAGGCUCAGCUAGACACAUUCUACACAGGUCCUCAGCUUAAUUUUAAGGCUUUUGAGGGACUGUUGGGGCUGGCCUUGUCCAAGGCUCUAGAUGAGGGCAGCAUGCUUGUGAAAGAUGGUGGGGACAGUGUGUACCAAAAUCCAGAGGAGAAAUGUCAGUACAAAAGUUACAGGAGAGAGAACUCUGCAGAUAGCAUCGAGUCCCUGGACUCCAGGACCCUGCGCCCUAACAUUGAAGGUUGUGGAAGUGACGCAGAAGCUGAGCAAGUAUUCAAGAUGGAGACGAAGCAGAUGUCUGCUCAACAAAACACAGGCUAUAUCCCACCCUCGCUUCAAAGAAAACAAGGACCGGAGGAGAAUGGACGUGGCUGUGCAAGUCCACUUAACAGAGCCAAUCAAAUCCAGGUCAGACCUGUUCAGGUCAAUCCUGGCUGGAUUUGGAGCAAAUCUCUCAGUGACAUCCCGAUGGUGUACCCUGUGCGAAAGGCUCCUGAUGCAAACACCAUUUAUGAUGAAAGUCAGGACACUGGUUUGGCAAGAGAGUGGAAUCAAGACAACAGAAGGAAGUGUAGCGUUGCUGCCAAGGAUGCUGAAGCUCAGUGGCAGGAUGAUUUGAAAAAGUGGAAGAGCCGUCGUAGGAGCACAAAGUCUGAGCUUCGUACUAAGUCACAAGAGAGAGAGCAUGUCAUGAACAAGAUGACCAACGGGGCUGUGGCCACCUUUGAAAAGAAUGAAGCAAAACUGAAAUACCAGCAAUCACCGUGGAGCAGAAACACCGCCCCUCGUCCUUACUUGACGACUUCUCCAUCAAAAUCAUCAAGCUCUGAUCUCCGGCCACAUACUCGAGCUCUGCUAGCCCGCAGCUAUGCCACUGAGACACCUUUCAGCACCACAGUUCCGCUUAGCUCCCAUAACUCACUCCACACUCAGGGUGGAGCAGUGAUUGCCCCUGAUGGAACCAUCUUGGGAGAGGAGAUCCACUUUGCUUCGCUGGAUUUAGAUGGAGCAAGAGUUGGCACACCACCUCUGGACUUCCCUGUGAGCUCUCAACCCCAAGUGAAAUCCCAGGGCAACACAGCUCCUUGCCAGUCCACAUGUGAACUUGCCCAGCCAGAAAAUGGUUUUACAAACCAAAUCUCCACUCUUGUUACAACCUUACAGCCAAAUGAGACAGGGAAAUCUAAAAGCAGCAUGAAUCCUGCUUCAUCCAUGUCUGGUGAAAGGAAAGACUUUUUUUACGUUGGUCCACAGGUUAAAUCUACUACUGAGGAAUUAUCUCAUCAGAACGACAACUCUCAGGAAGACUGUCAGAAGUCAUCUUGGGAACCAGCAGCAGAGCAAAGCAGAGCCCAGCAGACUCCAGGGGUCUACAAGUACUUGCCCAGAACUGGGUCGUGGUCUGGCUCAGCCAGCCUUCCCCGUGGUUACCGUCGGUCUGAGGGCUCAUCCCGUCUAUCCUCUGCAAUCACAGCCAGACCCUUUGGGACUAAGCAGUCCAGGGUGUCAUCGCUACCGAGAAUGUUCAAUGUAGAUGAUAAUCACGGUCUGCUGUUAAACAGUGAGAAAGAGGAUUCUUCAUCUUCGCCAUCUCUGAAAAGACAGACUGCAACUGCCCAACUGAGGGGUCAGUAUCAGGCAUCUGUUGGAGAGUCGAAUGGCAACCAGGGAAAGCAGAACGGUGCAGGACAGGGAGAGGAGGUGAAUAGUCCUAAUCUUUCCAGCCAGACCUCCUUUCAGACCAGUGGCUAUUCCAAUCGGCCCUCCAUUCAAAGCCAGAUACUGCCUCAACCUUAUUCAAAUCUACAGUCUCGUCAAAAUAAAGGCUUGACACCCUCAUCUUAUGGAAGCACAGAUCUUCCAAAGGUGGAUUACAGUGACAUGAGAGUGAGCCUUACUCUUAAACCCAACAGUAUAGCUGCCUUUGGUUUCCAUACUUACUGGGACUCCACAGGAGCAAGAGUUAAAUUCAUUCAGCCUGGCAGUCCAGCUGAGUUCUGCCAUCUGCGUGUUGACGAUGAGAUUGUGGCCGUUGAUGGAGCUGCGGUGGCACACAUGAACUACGACCAGUGGAAGGAUAAAAUGGCAUCUGCCCUGCAAACCGGCAGUCUGACCAUGGACAUUCGGCGCUAUGGCAACAAGGAUUGGAGCACCUGCGGGGGGAGUCAUCACAGCCAGUCAGGUCAGAGCAGGGUGACCCUUAAUCUGACUGCUGCUGCUGCGCCUGUCCUGAUAGGUUGCCCUGAUCACCAUGCCAACAGUGAUGCCUUUACAGAAACAGGAGACACACAAGGAUUCAAAAUCAAUGGGCACACAGGCAAUGUGAUGCAGGGUAAAGUCAUUGGUGGAGAGCUUUCUGACAAACACAGCACAGCCAGAAGUAAAGGAGGCUCAGAAUCUGCAAUAUCUGAUCUCCAGGUGCCAUCGCUCAGCCCCUCCUCAUCCAGCUGGUCUUGGGACCUCGAUGAAGAUCGCAGGCGUCAGGAGAAGUGGCAGGAAGAACAGGAGCGCCUCCUACAGGAGAAAUACCGGCGGGACCAGGAGAGGCUGGAGGCAGAGUGGCUGAGUUCCCAACAGGAUGCAGUGAACGCCAAAAAGUCAGCGAACCAGAACAACUUUGAGGUGACCCCUGGUGAUGAGAGGCUCACCAGGGCUCAGCAGCAUGUGAAUGGGUUAUCGAAGAAAACCAGAGAAGAAGAGCAGAGCCCUGAGGGACAGCUGAAAGAGUCGAGGCCAAAACUUCAAAGUACUGCACAGGGAGUGCAGAAUGACAAGAUUACUCAACAAGACUGGGCUGAUGGCUCAUGUGGCUUUGCUCAGCUGUCCCCUGCACACAGGACAAAGUCCUUGUCUUCCCCAGUAUUAGCUGGUCCUCAAAAGCAUUCAAGAGGGGGUCAGAGUAAAAGAAGAGGACUGUCUGUGUCCAAGGCUGAGCAAGAAAGGCAGCAGAUUUUGGAGGAGAUGAAGAAAAAGACUCAGCUUCUGACUGACAGCAGUUGGAUACGUCAGCGCAGCAGCAGCUUUUACAAGGAUCCUGUGACUGUUGGGCUUCCUCUGAAAAGAUAUGAGUCUCUGGAUAACCUCGAUUAUUUGCGUCAGCCCCAAUCCUCAACCGCUAGUUACCCUCGACCACGCUCAGCUGCCGCAGGUUACGUUACCCCAAGUAGGAAUGCGUCCUCACGUUACAGCACUGGAUCUGUAGUAUUCCAGAGAAAUCCAUCCAUGGAGUCCUGUCAUCAUGCCAGUGCGUGGGCUGCCGUCAACAUCUCGGAGGAACAGAGACUGGAGCCCAGGUUCGAAUACGAAACAGGAAGCCCUACUGUGAGCUCUGCUAUUUCCAGCUCAAGUACACUGGUGCAUGGUGCACCAUCCCCAUGUGACCAACUUGCUGUACUCCAGAUUGAAGAGUAAACACAAUGACAGGUAGUCUGAGUCCACCGCUGCUGAACAGAGGAAAAUUUAUCCACACAGCCAGUUCACCACUUUUGCUUCCUGGUCAUGAGUAAAAUAUUCUUUCAUACAGUCUUGGCAAAGUAGAAUCUUGACAGCUGCUUUUAAAUGAGAAACUUGGUACUUUGAUUGUCUUUCUUCUGCUAAUUUAUUUCCAGGUUAGAUUUAAUAUAUGAAAUAAAGAUAUGAUGGGAACUGUUUGAUUUGUGCCUUCAUUUUAAUGCUGGUGUCUUGAUUUCACAUCUGUGUGCUAUGUUAAAAUUGUCAGAUAUUUCUUGAAGCUGUUUGUGUAACUGGUAUGGAAAUUAAUUUUAACGUGUACUCUAAGCACUUUCUGUUCUGUUGUAAUGUCACCAAAUCUACACUGUGGUACACACUGGUGUGUGUAUAUAUAUAAUGCAUGCAUGUCUCACAUAAAAAUCAGCCUCUUAACUGAAAUCUUGUAAAUAAAGUGCACUGUACGGCUACAA